CGAGAAACGACGUCGUAGAGAGUGUAAAGGCGAUUAUAAAUUAGGGUUUUGCAACAAACCCUACUCUCAUUCGGCGUCUUUAGGAGGCAGAGAGAGAGAGGGAGGAGAGAGAGAGAGUUUGACAUCGUCGGCAGCCAUGGGUAUUUCUCGUGAUUCUAUGCACAAGAGGCGUGCCACUGGUGGCAAAAAGAAAGCUUGGAGGAAGAAGCGAAAGUAUGAGCUCGGAAGACAACCCGCGAACACAAAGUUGUCAAGCAACAAGACAGUUCGAAGGGUACGUGUUCGAGGUGGUAAUGUUAAGUGGAGGGCCCUGAGGUUGGAUACAGGUAAUUUCUCCUGGGGUAGUGAGGCUGUGACACGAAAGACCAGAAUUCUGGAUGUGGUUUAUAAUGCAUCAAACAAUGAGUUGGUGAGGACACAGACCCUUGUGAAGAGUGCAAUUGUUCAGGUUGAUGCUGCACCAUUCAAGCAGUGGUACCUUCAACACUAUGGUGUCGAGAUUGGUCGCAAGAAGAAACCGUCUGCUGCUGCUGCCAAGAAAGAAGGAGAGGAUGCUGAGGCUGCUGCUGAGGAGGCAAAGAAGAGCAACCAUGUCCAGAGAAAAAUUGAAAAGCGUCAGGAGGAUCGCAAGAUUGACUCACAUAUCGAAGAACAAUUUGGAGGUGGGCGUCUGCUAGCUGCAAUUUCAUCACGACCUGGCCAAUGUGGCCGUGCUGAUGGAUACAUUCUGGAGGGAAAGGAGCUGGAAUUCUACAUGAAGAAACUCCAGAAGAAGAAAGGAAAGGGUGCUGCUGCUUAAAAAAAAUCACCACAUUAACUGAGUUUGAUUUCAAGUUGUUUUCUCUUUAUUUGUGAACACAUGAAUUGUAGGAUCUAUUGAGCUUGCUCAGCCAGCCUUUUUGAUGUGACAAGAUGUUUUAUAUGUUAUGAGAAUUCAGUUGCAUUGAUAGCUAAA